UUGUAUCUAUAGUUUCAAGCAAAAUGAAUAUUCACAAAAAAUACCUACAAUGUUUGUUCUUCCUUAUUAUUAUUCUAACCAUUUGUGGAUUUUCUUUAGCAAAUAAAACAAACCCCGCCUCAAAAAACCUCAACUUUAGUAAAUUCUUGAAUUCAAUUUAUGAAUGGAGAAUUCAACAGAAGAAAAACUUUGGAGAUUCCAAUAAUAAUAAUCUAAAAAUUGGAGCCCCUACUGUGUUAGCUGGAAUUUUUUGUUUUAUUGCAGCCUCUAUUUCUAGUGCUGGUGGAAUUGGAGGUGGUGGAUUAUAUGUACCAAUUUUAAUAAUUGUUGCUGGUGUUGAUCUCAAAACAGCCUCAAGUUUCUCUGCUUUUAUGGUAACCGGAGGCUCGAUAGCCAAUGUUGUUUGUAGCAUGUUCUUACCAAGUGCCAAACAUGGUGGAAAAAUAUUGGUUGAUUUUGACAUAGCUUUACUCUCACAACCAUGUAUUUUAUUGGGAGUUAGUAUUGGAGUAAUUUGCAAUCUUGUUUUCCCAGAAUGGCUUAUUACUAUUCUAUUUGCAAUAUUUCUUGCUUGGUGCACUUUCAAGACAUUUAAAUCAGGAAUUUAUUAUUGGAAAAUUGAAUCUGAAGAAGUUAUGAGGAAAAAAGAGAAUAUUGAGGAAAUUGAGGGACCUUUAUUGCAAAAAGAAGAAAAAGGAAUAAAAAAUAUUCCAUGGAUGAAAAUGGGAGUAUUAAUAAUAAUUUGGUUUUCUUUCUUUUCCCUUUAUCUUCUUCGUGGCAAUCGAUAUGGACAAGGAAUAAUUCAUAUGAAGGCAUGUGGAGUAGUAUAUUGGAUCAUCUCAUCAGUUCAAUUUCCUCUAGCAAUAAUUUUUACAUCAUGGAUCUUUUACAACAGAGAAAACCACCAAAAUUUACCUUCCAAGAAACAGGAAAUAACAUGUGAAACAAAGAAUAAUGGACCUUCAAGAAUGUUCAUUUUCCCAUUAAUGGCACUUCUAGCAGGAGUAUUGGGUGGUGUAUUUGGAAUUGGAGGAGGAAUGCUUAUUAGUCCACUUUUAAUUCAAGUGGGAAUAACACCUGAAAUUACGGCAGCAACUUGUUCAUUCAUGGUAUUUUUCUCCUCUACCAUGUCAGCUGUACAAUACUUAUUUCUAGGCAUGGAACAUGUCAAUACUGCCCUCAUUUUUGCAAUCAUUUGUUUAAUUGCUUCACUUAUUGGAUUAGUUGUGGUGCAAAGAGCCAUUGAACACCAUGGGAGAGCAUCACUUAUUGUUUUUUCAGUUGGAAUAGUCAUGGCAUUAAGUACUGUUCUUAUAACAAGUUUUGGAGCUUUUGAUGUUUGGAAGGAUUACACAAGUGGGAAGUACAUGGGGUUCAAACCACCUUGUUAAGAAAUAAUAAGAAAGGGAAAUAUAUCGAGAGUUUGUACUCGUUUGAAGCGUGCUUUGAAUUUUGCAUAUUUUGUGCUAAUUAUUAACGAAGGUCAAUAAUCGAUAUUUGGUGGAUAUAUAUAUUUGGUUGAAUUGUGAACAAGUAUUUUCUGAGUGUAUUUUAUUUUAAAAUGAUA